AUGUCGACUCGCUCAGUGCUGAAGCAGCUCACAGAGGUCUUGGCUACGGUCCACAAAGGCCACAUCCUUGAGCUCAGACUCAACACGCCCAAGAACCUCAACGCGUUUGGUGGAACCAAGUACCUUGUGCGUGAGCUUAUCGAGGGAUUCAACUAUGCCCGCGACAACGAUGACAUCAAGGCUGUUGUGGUGACGGCCAACGGUCGCUUCUUCUCGGCCGGUGCUGCCUUGACCGGUGACCGCAUGGUUGCCGACGAGAACGUCAAGAAGGGAAUUCACCCUUCUCUUGUCACCUUCCCGCCGCUCUUUGGCUCGAGCAUCACCUCGCGCCUGCUCUACAUGGCCGAGACGAUUCCCAUCGCAGAGCUGAGCCACACUGGUCUCUUCGCCGAGGUCCUUCCCCAGGCCGGUCUUCCCGAGAAGGUGAUCAAGAAGGUUGAAGACAGCCUCGCGGACCUCUCCAUUGGAUCAAUUGUCGCGUCCAAGAGCAUGCUGCGCACCCCGCAGAUCCGCGACGAGCUUCACAGGGUCAACGCCGUCGAGAUGGAUGUUGUGGACAAGCGGAGGCAGACCGACGACCACCGCGAUACCAUCGUUCGCUUCCAGCAGAAGCGUGCGGCGGCCAAGUCGUCCAAGGCCAAGCUUUGA